GCUGCGGCCACUCCGAAGCUGGCUGGGUCGCUGGUUGCUGCGCCAGCACCCAGCAGCCACCUCACGAAGAAGAUACAGAAGGCGCUCACGCUCCGGGUCGACUCCCAGUCGACGCGAGAGGCGCUGAAGUGCUUGUCUGGCUUCUUCGGCGAGAACACGGUGCACUCGCGGAGGAAUUUGAGAUCUUCGAUUGAAGGGCAGAACUUGUUGCUGCAUCAGGAGCUUUCUGGAAGGUGCUCGAGAAGCAGGUGGAGAAUUUGGACAAGCUCGUGUCCGCCCUGGACACAGCUUGCGAAACCGCCGCGGAGGGGGGCAGCUGCGCGCGAGCAGGGCGGAGACCCAGGGCAUCCUCCAGAAGGCCACGGCGUUGCGCAAGGAGUCGAAGGUCAUCGAGGACAAGCAGGCCGUGCUCGCGAGGUUUCUGGCCCGCUUCCGCCUCUCGGAGGCGGACACGCAGCUCGUGCGCUCGGGGGACAGGCCUCUUGA